AUGUGCCUUCGUCGGGCAAGCUUGAGCGCACCUUGCACCCCUCCCAUCUCGAGUCAGAGGCAUCGGAAUCGACGGCUGAGCAAUGUGCGCCGGUCGGCCAGCGCGAUGACGCGAUCGCACGCGCGGCAGCACAUGCAGGGAGUUUGGCCACUGCGCGGCAUCGAGGAUCCCCUUCGCGCUCGUCUCGGCCGCGUGUACGUGAGAGAUAACACUCGGGUCACGGCGGCCCGGGUCCGCAGCUCGAAUGGCGACGCACAGUUGGCUGACGACCGGGUGCCCGUAACUGUUUUGACGGGGUUCUUGGGGUCCGGGAAGACGACGCUGCUGAACCAUGUUCUGCGCGGGGACCACGGCCUCAGGAUUGCCGUGAUAGAGAACGAGUUUGGAGAGGAGGACAUUGACAGCGAGUUGGUGGCGAUGCAGGAAGAGAGCGUCGAGGAGAUCGUCAUGCUGAGCAACGGCUGUGCGUGCUGCACGGUCCGAGGAGAUCUCGUGCGGACUUUGGACGACCUGCUCAAACGACGCAGCAAGUUCGACCACAUCAUCAUAGAGACGACGGGGCUUGCGGACCCAGGGCCGGUCAUCGGGACCUUUCUGCUGGACCCACAGCUCGCAGCGCAGCUCAGACUUGACGGCGUGGUCUCCCUCGUUGAUGCCAAGCACAUCGGCAUCCAGCUGGAUCGUGCGCCAGCGGAGGGCGAGAUCAACGAGGCGGUCCAGCAGAUAGCCUUUGCAGAUAGGCUCGUCCUGAACAAGACGGACCUCGUGACGCCCGAGGAGAUCAAGACCGCGGAGGAGCGCAUCCGCGGCAUCAACACGGUCGCGGAGAUCCGGAGGAGCUCACAGGCCGCGGUGGACCUCGACUUUGUACUCGGGAUCGGAGGAUUCGACCUGGAUCGCGUGGAAGGCCUGUUCGACACCGGCGCCGAGCAGUCGGGGACCGCCCACGUGCACGACCACGACGGCCCUGAGGGGACGUGCUCGGGUUGUGGAGAGGACCACGCGCACGAUCACGGGCACGAUCACGCGCACGACCACGGGCACGAUCACGGGCACGACCACGCGCACGAUCAGCUCGUUUCAUCCGUGUCUAUCGUCGUCGACGGCGAGAUGGACCUGGACAAGGUCAACCAGUGGCUCGGGCUGCUUCUACAGUACCGGGGCGAGGACAUUUACAGGACGAAGGGUAUCCUGGCGAUCAAGGGGGUCGAGGAGAAGUUCGUCUACCAAGGCGUGCACAUGUAUUUCGACGGAUCUCCGUGGAAGCUCUGGGGCAAGGACGAGCCGCGGCGCUCGCGGAUGGUGUUCAUUGGCCGGGAACUUGAAGCGGACAUCAUUCGCGAGGGCUUCGAAACAUGCCUCGCCGGCGCGGACGCAGAGUGGUUCGAUGAGGCCGCCGCCCCGAACGCCGAGGGCUCUUGA